AUGGCACUGUCUCUCAAGAGAUCUUCCACUACUUCUGAUUCUUCAAUCAGAAAGAAACUCUGUCCUAACACGAAUUAUGGUCGCUCUGCGUCUAUUUCCUUAGCGCAGCUAUCGUCUCCGGUAUGUCAGUCCAAACCUAUGAAAAAACGUUUGAGUAGCUUGCCUGUUGAAUCGUCGUCGUCCGAAGCUGAAGACGAGGAGGACGAUGAUUGUCCUAGACCCAAAGCAGGAGUUUUCCGUCUUGGUUCUAUGGAUUUAUCACUCUCUCCUGCAUUUGCAAAAUACAGCCAAGAAGAUGAUUACGACGAAGAGGAUGAUGAUAGCAAUGUUAUGGUGUCCAAACCAAUUGGGCAUCGUGCUACCAAUAAACACAGUUUCUCUCUGUUAACCAAUGAACGGGAAAAUCCAAACUCUGACAUUUCAUCUCUCAAUAGGAUGAAAAGAGCGUCCUUCAAUACAUCUCCGCCAAAGCUUACCGAUCUUAGCUUUUUAUCAACUUCUAGCGGCCACAGUUCUAGAUCUAGACACUGCGUCCCAGAGUCUGAUGUCACCGCUAGAUCUAGGUGUUUUGACUAUUUGAUUGGUGCUAUUGAUGAAGCUUGGGCUAGAUAUUGUGAUGCAACUUCUAACACAGAAGAUCAAGUAUAUGGAUUUUCCAAGUCAUCACACCACCAACAGCAUCAGCGAACUCGAAGUUUGAGCACUAAUUCUGCACAGCAGAUACUGCCCAACACUCCUAACUCUAUAUUUUCUUCUGACGAAGAGGAUGUGGAAGCUGAGAACAAUGACGAGGAUAACGGUGAUUUGACGGACAUCACUGAUUAUGAAAGUGAUAACAACAGAAUAUCCGAAAAACCCUCUAACUUGAGACUGCAAGACUUGAAGGAUAAAUUGAUCAAGUCAAAGUAUCAUCUUCAAGAUUUUGUGGAAUCAAACAAUAUUGACGACAGUCUUAGUUUCUGGAAAAGAUGGGAUCUUAUCAAGUAUUCCACUAUCGAAUUGGUAGAGGAUGACGACAAUGACGAUGUCGUUGGAGAUACUAUCAUCGAAGAACUUGAGGCUGGUCGUUUUGAAGGAUCUUUUUAG